GUAACAGCUGAGAACUAAUACAAAUAGUAAACCUCCUUAUUAUCUGCAGUAACAGGAGUGUGUGUAUUGAGAGCUUAAAAAUUAUAAUUCAUCAAUGAUUCAUGUGAUAUGACUGAAACUUAUUUUGUGUUUGCAGAGUUCUGUCCUGACACAGAGCAGAGUCUGUAGUUUCUGGUUGUCAGUCUUUGAAGAGUGACCAGUCCAAAUGUCAUUUUCCAUUAUUCCGUAAUGAACCUGGACCCUUGGACACAAAGUAAAAGAACUGCUGUCAACAAGUUUAUUUUAAUAAUCAUUACCUCUGUAAUAUGUCAAAUUAUUUUUUUGCCUGCAUGUUAAAUUUCUACUAAAACAUAUUUGCCAUCUAAAAUUGAACCAAUUCUCCCCUGAACUUCAGUGAUGAACCAGGGUCCUCAGGUGGCCAAUCUGCUUCAUCAGGAGACAACUCCUAUCCUAAGUGUGGCGAGAGAUCCAGAAAACCCCCAAUGAUAUCCAAUAAACUCUUUCCUUUUUUAGUACCUCCUAGUCUGCGGGAGGUUUUAGAAGAGUAUAAGAUCAGUUUGCGGAGGAGAUGUGAAUGUGUGACUAAAGGAACUGAUGGAACAGGAAGAGGAACCCUCCUCAACAGGAUCUUCACUGAGCUCUACAUCACAGAGGGACAGAGUGAAGAGGAUAAUAGCCAACAUGAGGUGAGGCAGCUGGAGACAGCUUCCAAGAAAAAGGCCGUCCACGACACUCCAAUCAAGUGCCAGGACAUAUUUAAAGCCUUACCUGACCAACAGGGAGACAUCAGAGUCGUUCUGACGAACGGCGUCGCUGGCAUUGGAAAAACCUUCUCGGUGCAGAAGUUCAGUCUGGACUGGGCAGAGGGUUUGGAAAACCAAGACGUCAGUGUGGUGAUUCCGCUUUCGUUCAGGGAGCUGAACUUGAUCAGAGAUGAGCAGUACAGUCUUCUGGAGCUGCUCCAUGUUUUCCAUCCAACAUUACAGAAGGUCACAGCAGAGAAGCUCGCUGUCUGUAAUAUUCUGUUCAUCUUUGAUGGCCUGGAUGAAAGCAGACUUUCACUGGAUUUCAACAACAAGGAGGUUGUGUCUGAUGUCACACAGAAGUCAUCGGUCAGCGUGCUGCUGACAAACCUCAUCGAGGGGAAGCUGCUUCCCUUGGCUCUCGUCUGGAUAACAUCCCGACCUGCAGCGGCCAAUCAGAUCCCUCCUGCGUAUGUCGACAGGGUGACAGAAGUACGAGGCUUCACUGACGCCCAGAAGGAGGAGUACUUCAGGAGGAGUGUCAGUGAUGAAGAGCGGUCCAGCAGAAUAAUCUCACACAUCCAGACAUCCAGGAGCCUCCACAUCAUGUGUCUGAUCCCAGUCUUCUGCUGGAUCACUGCUACAGUCCUGGACCACAUGUUGACUACAGACCAGAGAGGAGAGCUGCCCAAGACCCUGACUGACCUGUACUCACACUUCCUGCUGGUUCAGACAAAGAAGAAGAAGCAGAAGUAUGAUGAGGGACAUGAGACGUGUCCACAGGAGCUGAUAGAGGCUGACAGAGAAGUUCUUCUGAAGCUGGGGAGGCUGGCAUUUGAACAGCUGCAGAAAGGAAACAUCAUGUUCUACCAAGAAGACCUGGAGCAAUGUGGUCUUGAUGUCACAAAGGUCUCAGUACACUCAGGAGUUUGCACAGAGAUCUUUAAAAGAGAGAAUGUGAUCUUCCAGAAAACAGUCUACUGCUUCGUUCAUCUGAGCAUUCAGGAGUUUCUGGCUGCAGUCUACAUGUUCCACUGUUACACCAACAGGAACACAGAGGUAGUGGAGGCUUUUCUGGAGGAAGAAGAAGAAGAAGGAGAAGAUUGCCCACUGGAUGACUUCCUGAGGAGAGCCAUGGAGAAAUCCCUUAAAAGUAAAAAUGGCCACCUGGACCUGUUUGUUCGCUUCCUUCAUGGCCUCUCUCUGGAGUCCAAUCAGAGACUGUUAGGAGGCCUGCUGGGUCAGACAGACAACAGUCCAGAAGUCAUCCAGAGAGCCAUCAACAACCUGAAGGAGAUGAACACUUAUGAGAUCCCCCCUGACAGAAGCAUCAACAUCUUCCACUGUCUGACGGAGAUGAAUGACCUCUCAGUACAUCAGGAGAUCCAAGAGUUCCUGAAGUCAGAGAACAGAUCAAAGAAGAAACUCUCUGUGAUCCACUGCUCAGCUCUGGCCUACAUGCUGCAGAUGUCAGAGGAGGUUCUGGAUGAGUUGGACCUGAAGAAGUACAACACAACCGCGGAGGGACGCCGGAGACUGAUUCCAGCUGUGAGGAACUGCAGGAAAGCUCAACUUUCUAGCUGUCGACUCUCCGGGAUUCACUGUGAAGUUGUGGCCUCAGCUCUAAAGUCCAACCCCUCCCAUCUGAGAGAGCUGAACCUGAGUCACAACUACCUGAAGAAUUCAGGGGUAACGCUGUGUGCUGGACUGGAGAGUCCAAACUGCAGACUGGAGACUCUGAGAUUGAGGAGCUGUAGUUUCUCAGAGAUCAGCUGUGCUUCUCUGGCCUCAGCUCUGAAGUCCAACCCCUCCCAUCUGAGAGAGCUGCAGCUGAGAGGAAACAAGCUGCAGGAUUCAGGACUGAAGCUGCUGUGUGAUUUUCUGCAGAGUCCAAACUGCAGACUGGAGAGUCUGAGAUUGAGGGGAUGCAGUUUGUCAGAGAUCAGCUGUGCUUCUCUGGCCUCAGCUCUGAAGUCCAACCCUUCUCACCUGAAAGAGCUGGACCUCAGUGAAAACUACCUGCAGGAUUCAGGAGCGAAGCUGCUGUGUGAUUUUCUGCAGAGUCCAAACUGCAGACUGGAGACUCUGAGAUUGAGGAGCUGCAGGUUGUCAGCGAUCAGUUGUGCUUCUCUGGCCUCAGCUCUGAAGUCAAACCCCUCCCAUCUUAGAGAGCUGGACCUCAGUGACAACAUGCUGCAGGAUCCAGGAGUGGAGCUGCUGUGUCAUUUCCUGAAGAAUCGGCACUGCAGACUGGAGACUCUGAGAUUGAGGGACUGCAGUUUCUCAGACAUCAGCUGUGCUUCUCUGGCCUCUGCUCUGAAGUCCAACCCCUCCCAUCUGAGAGAGCUGCAGCUGAGAGGAAACAAGUUGCAGGAUUCAGGAGUGAAGCUGCUGUGUGAUUUUCUGGAGAGUCCAAAACGCAGACUGGAGACUCUGAGCUGGUAGUGAUCUCCAGUAAAGUCCAGUCCACCAUCCUCCCUGUGUGUUCCUCUGGAUCUGACGGCGUAUCAUCAUCGGAGUAUCUGGACUGCCCUGCUGUUGCUCUGUCAUUCUACACAGUCUACGCAGACACACUGAGGCUAUAUCCCAAAAUCAAGGAAGGAUCCUUGAACGACUGAAUUUGAAGGAUGCUACGUCAUUGACAUCCACCAAAGGACUGUCCCAAUGUCCAGGAUCCUCCGAAGGACAAAGUCCUUCUUUUGCCCAAAUUCCAAGGAUGCUUGUGUGCAUCCUCCGUGAGCCCAUAUAUAUAUAUAUAUAUUAUGUAUUUAAUAUAUAUAUUACACUGAAUAUUUGUGACCACAUCUCUUAAAAAACUUGUGUUCAAAGUCAAGCAAAACAUGUUCAUUAUUUUAGCUAAAUAUACUGACAUUUGUUUGUGUAUGUCAUCUUGAUAUUGAUUGAUUGCCAAUUAAGUUAAUUGAUGCCGUCUCAGUUGGCUAAAGUUAUGACUUGGUUAAUUCAUAUAUAUGCUUCAGUCUGAUGAUGUACUAUGUGCAAAGUAUACACAGCCAUGCCAUACAGAAAGUUGUACAUUUGUUUAUUGUGUUAUUAAUUUAAAGUUAUAAAUAUACCACAAGUAUGCAACUUAAGUCAGUUCAGCCUAAUAAGUGCUCUGGGCACAUUGGCCCUCAUUUAUCAAAUGAGCGUACGUCAGAAAGUGAGCCUAAAGUGGGCGUAAGAUGAUUUGUACGCAAGCCUCGGCAUUUAUCAAUUUGGACGUGAGCAGACGCUUCAGUGUCUCCUCCACCACCGGUGCUGCCCGAAUAGAAACAUUUCCAAUUAGCGCUGCCACACGCUCCUCUGACUAGGACAUCAUUAUUAGUAAAUGUAAAGAGGUGAAUAAUAUAUCUCCAUCAUAAUAAUAGCAAUAUUCGGAUAAUAUAUAGAUUAUUAGGCUUUAUAUAUCACAAUGUAAUUACUCAGACCUCGCCGGGAGUUUAAUAGUCCGCUACUUUGCUGACAGCACCACUGAUUUCCUUCUUUUUCACUUUUUAUGCUGCCAAACAAAACCAGUUUGUUGUGUUGCUGCUGUUGGACGUCAGCGUUUCACUUUCUGACUGAGAAAUUCCUCUUCUUUUGGAAUUAAAACUUACUUUAAAACAUUGUUUACCUCCUUCAACCAAAAACCUGAAAACUUCAAAGUCCGUGCUCCAAAUGUAAAAUAUUCGGUAAACUUGUUUGAGUUUAUAACUAUAAGUACUUUUAUUUCAUAAACCUCCAUCGCUGCGUAUUUCUUUAAUAUGUCUAAAUUGCCCCUAUUGUUAAUUGUAACGGUGCACUUUGCUAAUAAAGCUGACUUUAGAGGGUGAAAAAAUCAUCUCUGGCCGUAUUGCGUCCUUCGGUGUCGUAAACUCUGAAGGCUAGUCUUCUGAAUCGGGUACAUAUUAGGGCGUGACAUUUAAAUUACGCAUGUUUCGAGCCGCCACAUUUAUCAACAGCCGAUCAUUCUUACGAUGUGAUUGGAGAGAUACGAUCGUUUGAUAAAUCGCACGUGGAUCCUGUCGUAAGACGAAAUAUACACUCAGAUCUGCGCUUGUUUUCUACGCUCGCUUGAUAAAUGAGGGCCAUUGUGAUGCUGAUAUUUUGUACUUGUUUAGUAAUAAUACUCUGAUACUAGGUUUACAACAGAUUAUUUAAUCUAAAGUGAGACCUAGACAUUUUAUACUCAUACAGCAUUAGGGAACCAAAACCAUUCAGAUUACAUUGUAACAUAAAAUAAAAAACUAAACUGUAACAAAAAUAAGAUUAAAACAGAAACUUAUGAAUUGAAAAUUGUUUCAAGCGUAAUAACACUUAACAUUUUCCUGACCUAGCACAAGAGUAUGCAAGGAUUCCACAUGACCAGGGAAUGAAUGGAGAGUUAAAAGUUGAAUCUGUUAUUGCUAACGCACGCACGCACGCAUACAAUAAGCAAAAGUGUUGUGUUAAUGGGAACGUAUUUUGCCAAGAUAUGCAACACUUCCUCUUUUGACCAAGAUCUACUGGAAGUUGUCAUUUAAUAACUUGAUUAAUGUUUGAACUAUGACAAUUGUUUUGAUAACCUUUUGUCAGGGCUGUCUACAGAUGUUAAGUGCAAAUUGGUCAAAUGGCAUAAGAGGAGUUCGAAAAAGGGAGUUUUGUAAAAAAAUUUAAGAUUUUGCGAAUGGAAAUUUACCGCAAAAGUGGGUGUGGCCUUCAUUACACAAUUCAGCUCAAUUGAGGGAAGACGUAGAUAUAAGGUUUAACAAUGUGCAACAUAUUAUGUCGGAGUUAUUAGCCAAAAACGGUUUUGUGUUGAUAAUAGCGCCACCUGCUGGUCAUUUUUGGUUUGUAAGUUACAGGGGCCAGUCUUUACCACCCCCUAUGAAUUUAAUUGCCUUAAGUGUUAUGGUGUGGGCACGGUGGCAAAUAUUAAAUAAGAGUGCCACCAGAGCACCACCUAGGGGCAGAUCAAAAAAUUCAAGGGUUAUCCUCAGGAGGGCAUUGACAAUAAUUGUACGAAGUUUUGUAUUAACCCGACCAACUGAUGUGGAGAUAUAAAAUACUUCAAUUUAGAGAGCGCCACCUUGUGGUCAUUGCCCAAAAUUUUGCAGAGAGCCUCAGGGGUUCAUGAGGAAGUAGUAACCUGAGUUUCAUGUCAUUCAGACACACCAAUGUGGAGAUAUGCAACACUUCCUGUUUUAAACUAAAUCUGCAGGAAGUUGUUAUUUAAUAACUUGAAUAUUCUUUAGAAAAUCAAAAUUAUUUUAAUAACUUUUUGUUGGGAGGGUCCAUAGAUGACCAUCACAUGUGAGAAAUUUGGUACAGAUUGGACAAUGUAUGGUCAAGUUACACUAUCUUGUGUUUUCUGAAAAAACACUUUAUUUUGCCGCCAUGUCACUCCCACAUAGUGUGAUGAAAAAUCAGGCUUUUGAUAAUUUUUUUAUCCCAAAGCCUUUCUUAUGGUACUGACCAAGUUUAAAGUCGAUCGCAUUAAAUCUGUAGGAGGAGUUUGUUAAACCACGCAAUAUGGUCAUUUUAUGAAAGGGGAAGGGGUUAAAGCAUAAGGGGCAGGGCUUUAUGAAAUAUUUUAUGAAAUGAUGUAGACGUGUUCAGGACUAGACCUUUAUGAAGCAUGAGAAGUUUGGACUAGAUCGGACAAAAGUAUGGCAAAGUUAUAACAAUCUCAUUUUUUUUUAUGGCAAAACGCCAUAUUUUGCCACCAUGCCACGCCCACAUAGUGUGAUGAAAUGUCAAGCCUUUUAAUAACUUUUGAUCUCAGAGGCCUUAUGAUGGUACUGACCAAGGUUGAAGUCAACUGAGUUAAACCUGUAGGAGUUUGCUUUUAUUCUGAAGUUAUGAACAGAGUACAGCAGACCGGGUUUGUUUUUUAAUCUAAAUGUCUACUAAAUGGUAGCAUAUAUACUGAUUGUUAUCGUAAACAAUACACAUUGUUUACUUGUCUGGUGUCUGAUUAUGAACUUCUGCCAGUGUGGAGACAGUAUUUUACCCUGAAGGUUACAGAAAGGAGAUGGUAUUGUCUCUCUAGGUCCAAGUUCCCUUUGACACACAAACCUCAGCUGUACACCUCAGGUUAUUUUUGCCUGUCGAUGUAGACAGACAGCCACAUCAACAGGGAAAGUAGACAGAGAAGGUAAGACACAACUAAACAAUCAACGUUGAAUGUCAACUGCCUACAGAAUGUUAGUAUUUCUUUCAUGGUAA